CGAAGUUUGAAAAAAGUUUGACAGAUUGCUAUGAAGUAGUGUAGAAAGUGAACGUGCGUGUAGUUUUUAACGAAAUAUUUAUUUUUAUGUAGUGAUAUUAAGGAUUUUAUAGCACAAAAUGGCAACAGUGACAGCGUCGUCGACCAUAGAGUCGAAGGCCAUGAUGCAGGAAGCCCGUAUGCAGCACAGUUACCAGGAGGUACAUGUCUCCGAGCAGAGGACGGAGAGGACUGAGAAGGUGAAGAAGAAGAAGUCCAUGCGUCGGCAUAAGGAUGAGGGCACCAUCUCUGUGUCAAAAUCCUCGGAGAAGCUUCACAAGAAGAUGAAAGCGGCUGCAGACGUGGAGUCCAACCCGAAGUGUGAGAUGUGCACGCGGCCGGUCUACGCCAUGGAGCGAGUGAAGGCGGAGCGCCGCGUGUGGCACAAGGAGUGCUUCCGAUGUGUCCAGUGCAACAAACAGCUCACAGUGGAGACAUACCAGAGUGACCACACCACGUUGUACUGCAAGCCUCACUUCAAGCAGCUGUUCGAGCCGAAGCCCGUUGAGGGGGAGGAUGAGGCUGAUGCUGCACCACCCAAGAAGCAUCAGAUGAUCAUCUGCGAGAGCAACCCCAUCGAGCUGCCCCCAGAUGUCGUUAGAGCUUCAGACAAACCGGACCUGGGCAUCGAGGAGCUGACGCAGCUGGACCUCAAGUCCCGGUUCGAGGUGUUCGAGAAGGGCCCACGAGUGCAGCCCGCCGCCGCCGCGCCACAGCCGCGCGGCCAGCGGGAGCGGAGCCAGGCGCUGCUCGCCAGGCUGGCCAAGUUCAAAGCGAAGGGAAUGGACAUCGGCGUGUCUGACGAGGACCUGAACGGAGUGCCGGUCGAGCACAGCUCCAGCGAGCCUGAGGAAGACGAGGAUGACGAGGACUCGGUUUUACGCAAGUCGUAUAAACAGACAGCGAGCAAAGAGCAACCUGUAUCCUUCUGUAACAUGAGCGAGAUAGUCGGCAAGUUCGAGACAGGGCAGCACAACAACAGCGAAAGACACCGCGAGCGCAAACAGGAGAUACAGAACAUACGCAGCCGGCUGUUUAUGGGCAAACAAGCUAAAAUCAAGGAGAUGUACGAGCAAUCUGUUAUGCAGAGCGAACAGAGUGUGACGUCAGCGGACAAGAUCGCCCGCUCGUUGGACCUGGACGCAGAGAAGGCGCGCGCCAUCAAGAUGCGCUUCGAGAACGGAGACAUCUACCACGACGAGAACCAGCCGCCGCGGGCCCGGGACAUCGACGACACCAGCCUCUUCAACGAAGGUAUCGGCAAGAAGUCUCGCUCCAUCUUCCUAGAGCUGGACGCCAAUGCCAAGAACAUGGCGCCCACCUCGCCGCCGCCGCAGGAGCCGCCCAAGAGGAAGGAGAUUCCGUUCGUCCCGAAGGACGUGGUCCGCGCCGAGGACAAGGUGGAGGACGUUCACAUCGAGACGCGCGACAUCUCCGACCGGUUCAAGUUCUUCGAGACGUACAAGCCGGAGAGCAAGCGGAAGGAGUUCCGCAUGACGCCGCCGCGACAGCUGCAGCGGGCCAAGUCCCCGUCCCCCGAGGUGUACGUGGACCCGGGCGUGGCCCGCGGCGGCGGCGGCGCCGACACGGCGGCCGCGGCCGACCGCCACACCGCCUCCAGGAUGAUCUCCGUGUUCCGCCAGAUGGAGCAGCACCAGCACCACCACGACGACGACCAGGGUCCCAAACCCCUGAAGCGGUUCACCCCCCCGCCGCCGGGCGAGAGCAACCACCACGGAGACACUUCAGAGGAAGAAGAAUACUCCUCCGAAGGAGAAUAUGAGGAGGACAGCGAGGACGAACGCAGGAGGCUCUACUUCGAGGCCAGGGAGAGGGACGAGGCACUUAAACAGGCGCAGCAGCUGGCCCGCACGACGAGCUUCCGCGACCGAUUCGAGAAGUGGUCGGAGUCGGAGCCGCAGAGGUCGCCGUCCAACGUGGUCAUCGAGAGGCAGUAUGAUGACGACGACGGCGAGUCGCAGCUGGAGACUGCCAAGAGCUUGCGUGAGAAGUUCGAGAACAUGAAAGUCCAGCAGUCCUCAGUUACGAAGACGUUCGUGCCUAAAGUCAACAGAUUUGUGUGACGCAACAGCCACCACUGCCGCAAGUUUACCAAAGCAUCGUUUUAACCCUGUUUUAAAGUUGUAUAGUCUUAACCAGUUAUGUGCCGUUCCGUUUCCGGCAGUAAAAAGGCGGGAAAGUUAUGUAAAAAGAGCUUUACUGCCUAACCCUUAAGGUGAUAGACUUGAGCAUUCACUUGUAACAGAACAUCGAGCAUUCGCCGUUUUUAUAUAUGUCGAACUGAACAACGAGCCGAGCCAAGCAUAGAGCCAAACAUUGCUAUGAACGUUGCUCGCUAAAAUGUUCUCGUAUUUUUCUCGUAUUGUAACAUUCGCACAAAUGCUCAUGUUAACAACGCAAGUUAACACACCUCUAAGACACCAGAGGGGCCGGAAGCGAGGCGCGGGACGUCACCGCGCUGCCUGCCACUCAGACGUUACGACAGACGACGUACGGAGAGGACGCGUCAUUUUGUUUGCUCAUUUUCUUUGUUAUCCAACCUACCUAGUUUUUUCAUGAAAAGUAUACUGUUCCUGUGAAUCCAAUCAUAUUUAUUAUGGGAUAUUAUUAAUUUAUACAAUUUGUCACUUAAAAUUACGAAUAAUUAAAACAUUUCAAAUUAAAAUAAAACCGUUUAAUAAAAAUUACAACAAUAAACAACAUUUCAAAUUAAAUAUAAUUAUUUUUUUCCUGUAAAUUGGUGCCUCAUUCCGUCUUCAUCAUCAUCAUCGAAUCCUGUUGUAAACAGCUCAUAACAAGUGAAUGCUCAAGUUUAUCAGCACCUUUAGGCAGAAAAAUCAAGACUCCACGAAAGAGCAAUUUGAAAACAAAGGCAGCGUCCUUACUCUUGGAGUUUUUACAAAAGGAAUAUUCCCACUUCGGGAAAAUUUACAGGAACGGCACAACACUGGUGGUAACCGCGUACCGAAAUUACAUCAUAACGUUGACGUCAGUUUACUUUUUGUAAUUAGUUGACUAAAUAACUAUUACAUUUUUAUGAACUUCAUAUUUAUUUUACAUACAUAAACAUAAACUGCCUAUAUACGUCCCACUGCUGGGCACAGGCCUCCCCUCAAUCAACCGGAGGGGGUAUGGAGCAUACUCCACCACGCUGCUCCACUGCGGGUUGAUGGAGGUGUUUUUACGGCUAAUAGCCGGGACCAACGGCUUAACGUGCCCUCCGAAGCACGGAAUCAUCUUACUUUUUCGGACAAUCAGGUGAUUCAAGCCUGAAAAGUCCUUGCCAAACAAAGGACAGUCUCGCAAAGUGAUUUCGACAAUGUCCCCAUCGGGAAUCGAACCCGGACCUCCAGAUCGUGAGCCUAACGCUCUAACCACUAGACCACAGAGGCUGUUAAAAUAUAUAUGUGUGGCUGAUAUUUAUUUUAAAAUCAACUAAAUUAUGACAAUGAAUUGUGCUGAUUCCAGUAUGGUCACGAGUUCUAAUAUGUAUACACUUUGAAACCAUGUCACAUUAACUUUUUUGACAGAUAAAACCAUAAGUCUCAUUAAAGGUCAAAUAAGAUAGUGCGACAGGGUUCUACAGUGGGUACAUGAUUCAAGUUAUACCUGUCGUUUUCUUAUUCGCCGAAAAGGAAAGGGACGGAUAAUCGACAGGCUAAAAAUUUGGAAAACACGUCAAUUUUAGAUGGAAAUCUCACCUCUCUCAAACUCAGCGAGAUGCCUAUUUGAUUUGUCAGGGUUACUGUGUCAUUUACUCAUUCAUUUUAAAAUUAACAGUUGUCAAUCAUCCGUCGCUUUCCAUUUUGGCGCAUAAGAAAAAGACAGGUAUAACUUAAAAUAAAAUUAGGAGGUGUCUGCAGGAAUCGGGGCCAUUAUAUAUUAUAUAUAUUUAUAUAUAUAAUAAGCUAUUCAUAUUAUAUAUAAAUUGUUUACAUAACUAUGUAAUAUUAUAUUUCGGAUCGCGGUAUUACUUGCCAAUUAUAUAUAUUCUAAACUAGGUAAUAAGAUCAGGCGGUAAGAGGCCACAUUAGAGCAAUUCAUCUAAUAAAGCAAUAUUGUAAUUUGGCAUUUCCGCAUAUAAAAAUGUAAGUGCGCAAUGUCAACAAAUGACAAAUAGCAAUAUUGCUUUUUAGAUGAAUUGCUUCAAUGUGGCCUUUUUAAACCCCCAGGUUGUAACCUUUUGUAUUUAAUAUUUUACUAUUAUCAUUAUUUUAGAUAAUACAUAAAUUUUAUUUAAAUUUACCACAUUUUUUAAUGGAAAUAUUUAAUUUAUUUGAAUGAAGCAAAUAAUGUUAAAAAAAUAUUUGUAUUUUUAAAUAUUGAGACUUUUAGGAAAAAGAUAAUGUUUUUUUUUUGUGGUAAAUUGAAAUAAAAUUUUCAAAAUUAAUAUUUAUUUACCUCCUUAGGACUGAUAGUAACUUAACUGCAUUUUAUAACAAGUGCCUUAUAAUGUGCAAUUUUAAUGAAUUUUUAUAUCAUUUUAUUGGAUUUUUUGUAGAAAAGAUCUCUUAAGGCUUCACUCAAUUAGAUUGUUUAUUAAUUCUUAUACUAAUAAGAUUUGUAUUAAAGAAAAAAGUAUUCAUUUGUCGGAUAAAAAUCGUUUCUUUUAUUUACCUUGUGAUUUUUUUAAAUUAUGAAUUAACUUAUCUGUCAUACUUGUCUAUAUCAUAGUCAUCUUGCCAUUUUUAACCGACUUCAAAAAAGAAGGAGGUUACCUAUGUAUUAAUAUAUUGAAAAUCUCAAAUGAAAUCGGAAAUUAUCUCUAGUGCCAUUGUAAUGACAAUUUAUAUUAUUAUUUAAAAAAUCAUGUUAAGAAAAGAUCUACUAAUGUAAUAAAUAUUUGUGUAUAAAUAUAAUGUAAUCAUAUUCACAUUACUUUAGAUUAAAAUGUGACUGAAUCGACUAUGUUCUGUAUUUAUUGUUUGUACUUAAAACACUUUUUUUUCAUUGCAAUAUUUAUACCGACUUUGAUGUAAGUAAAUAAAUGAUAAAAUUAUAA